CUCUUUGAUUCCUUUUUUUUAUUUUUAUUUUUUAUUUUUUUAUUUUUUUUAUCCAUUAUGACCACUGAACGUAGAAAAUAUCGUUUUGCCACUGAAGUAGUAACUGUUGACAAUCCUGAUGACCCACAUAAUGCUGCUUCUGUUCCCAUUUAUCAGUCUGCUACAUUUAAACAAAAAAGUGCAACAGCUGGUGGCGAAUAUGACUAUUCUCGUAGUGGCAAUCCAACUCGUACUCACCUCGAAAAUCAUCUUGCCAAAGUGAUGGGUGCCAAAAGAGCCUUAGCAGUGACAAGUGGUAUGGGUGCUUUAGAUGUGAUUACAAGACUUGUUCGAGCUGGUGAAGAAAUCAUUGCUGGGGAUGAUCUUUAUGGAGGCACCAAUCGAUUGUUAUCUUUCCUGAAUAAAUCUCAAAAUAUCAAAACGCAUCAUAUCGACACCACUAGGGCUGAUGCCAUCUUACCUUACUUGGAUCCUGUCAAGACACGUCUGGUAUUAUUAGAAACACCUACAAACCCUUUGAUCAAAAUCGCGGAUAUUCCUACCAUUGCUCAAUAUGUACAUGACAAGUGUCCCAACGCGCUGGUUGUCGUGGAUAAUACUAUGAUGUCACCUUAUCUUCAACGUCCUCUUGAAAUGGGAGCCGAUAUCUCUUAUCAUUCUGGAACAAAAUAUCUUUCUGGACAUCAUGAUCUUAUGGCUGGUGUCAUUGGAACAAAAAGUGAUGAUGUAGGCGAUCAACUUUAUUAUAUCAUUAAUGCUACAGGAUGUGGAUUAGGACCUUUUGAUUCAUGGUUAUUACUACGUGGAAUCAAAACAUUGGCGGUACGGAUGGAUAAACAACAGGCAACCGCAAUUCGUGUAUGUGACUAUUUAGAACGUCAUGGCUUCAAGGUACAUUAUCCAGGGUCCAAGAAACAUCCUCAAUAUGAACUUCACAAACGUAUUGCAUCGGGUCCUGGCGCGGUGCUUAGUUUCGAAACCGGUGAUAUUGGCAUCUCAGAACGUAUUGUGGAAGCGGCCAAACUGUGGAGUAUCUCGGUCUCAUUUGGUUGUGUCAACUCUUUGAUUAGUAUGCCUUGUCGUAUGUCACACGCUUCCAUUCCUGCUCAUAUUCGUGCUGAACGCGCUCUUCCGGAAGAUCUCAUUCGUCUCUGUAUUGGUAUCGAAGAUGUUGAAGAUUUAUUGGAGGAUUUACAACAAGCUUUGGAAUCAGCUGGUGCUGUAGAGACAAAAUCAUCAGUUUAGCUUUUAUUAUUUGUUAUACUUUUUUUAUAUACUUUUUAUAUAUUCAUUGUUACAUAGUUUCUCUUAUUCCUCUCAUUUUUAUUUUAUUAGUAUUUUUUCUCUUUGUACAUUUGAAAUAAAGGCAAAUCCCUUAAAAUAAAAAU